GAGUAUGGGGGAGCUGCCCAAAGCCUGGGGAAGGCGAGCCAGUGCAGGAGGUGAAGAGCAGCGGCGGCGGUGGCGGCAGGAACAGCAGUGGCGGCGAUCUCAGCCACAGAAGCCUAAGCUCCAGCCCCAGCGCAGCAGACAGUAACCGGGCUGGAAACCGAACCGAGCUGGGCCCAACUGUGAUGCUUCCUGACGGAUGAUGUUAUAACAGUGCGUGGAAGCCAAAGGGCUGCUUUUUUAGCUGAACAUACCUGAGUUGUCCCCAUAACCAUGGAGACUGGAAAGGAUGACGCUUCUCAGGCCAAGGGAGCAGCAGCCUCUAUGGACACCCAGGACCAACGGGCAGAGAAAGGAGCCAAGAACAAUGCAGCUGAGAUGACAGAAGAGCCAGUGUCAGAGCCACCCUCAUCUGGCCCAGGUAGGCUGAAGAAAACUGCCAUGAAACUUUUUGGUGGCAGGAAGGGUAUCUGUACCCUGCCUAGUUUCUUUGGAGGGGGGCGAAGCAAAGGUUCUGGGAAAGGCAUCUCCAAGAAGGGUCUUAGCAAGAGCAAGACCCACGAUGGCCUGACUGAAGCAGCCCAUGGCCCUGAAGACAGUGUCAGUGAAGGAACCAGAUUUGCCUUACCUUUGCCUGAAUCACCUUGCCAACUUCCCAGUUCUCAGAGUGCCCAUGGGGUUUUGGAGACAGGCUCCAAAAGCAAAACAUCUGUGGCUGGAGCGACAGACAAAGCUGGGGCUGAGAAGGUUCCCUCUGUGCCCAAGCCAAAGAAAGGCCUGAAAGGUUUUUUCAGCAGUAUCCGCCGUCACCGGAAAAGCAAGGUCUCUGGGGCUGAACAAAAUAAGCUAGGGGCCAAGGGGUCUGAAGGGGCCAGAGCCAGGCCUCAUGAACGUGUAAGCUCAGCCCUUCUGCCCUGUGCUGAGGAUAUCCUCCAAGCCCACAGAAAGGAAAAUGCCAAAACCCAAGAUACCCCUGGGUCAAAAGUUUCUUUAGUACCAGAGUCUUCUCCAGCAGUCAGUGAGAAGACAGCCUGUAAAGAUACAGAAAAACCUAUGGAGGGCUGUGCCUCAGCACUUCUGCAGUCCAAGUCUGCCUCUGAAGCCAGUGGCCCAGAGGAGCCCCACAGUCCAAAAACAGGAGAGAAAUUGGUAGCAGAAGAGGUAAAUCCACCAAAUGGCCCUGUUGGGGACCAGCUGAGCCUCCUGUUUGGGGAUGUCACAUCCCUGAAAAGUUUUGACUCACUGACAGGUUGUGGUGACAUCAUAGCAGAGCAGGACAUGGACAGUAUGACAGACAGCAUGGCCUCUGGAGGCCAGAGGGCAAAUCGAGAUGGGACCAAGAGAAGUUCCUGCCUGGUGACCUACCAAGGAGGUGGGGAGGAGAUGGCCUUGCCAGAUGAUGAUGAUGAGGAAGAAGAGGAGGAUGAGGAGGUAGAAUUAGAGGAAGAAGAAGAGGAUGUCAAGGAAGAAGAAGAUUAUGACUUAGAGUAUCUGUGGGCAAGUGCCCAGAUGUACCCAAGACCCAAUCUGCAUUUAGGCUACCAUCCCAUCACAUCUCCAGGAGAGCAUGGCUACAUGCUCCUUGACUCAGUUCGACCUUAUCCUGGCUUAGCCCCUGGGGACCUUUUGACUCCUCAGAGUGACCAGCAAGAGUCUGCCCCCAAUAGUGAUGAGGGUUAUUAUGACUCCACAACACCUGGAUUUGAGGGUGAUUCAGGUGAGACCUUAGGGCUUGUCCGCAGGGAUUGCCUGCCCCGAGAUAGCUACAGUGGAGAUGCCCUGUAUGAGUUCUAUGAGCCAGAUGAUAGUCUUGAGGCCUCCCCACCUCUGGAUGACUGUCUUUAUGACCUCCAUGGUCGCAGCUCUGAAAAAUUUGACCCCUUCUUGAACUUUGAGCCCUUUUCUUCCUCUCGGCCACCUGGGGCAAUGGAGACAGAGGAAGAACGGCUAGUGACCAUCCAGAAACAGUUGUUAUAUUGGGAGCUUCGGCGAGAGCAGCUUGAGGUCCAAGAGGCUCAGGAGGCACGUGCCCGAGAGGCUCACACCAGGGAGUUUUAUACCCAAGAAACUCAUGCCAGGGAGACCCAUGCCCGAGAAGCUCAUGUCAAAGAGGCCCAAGCCCGAGAGGCCUAUGCCAGGGAGACCUGUGCUAGGGAAGCACAUGCCCGAGAGGCCCAUGCUCGAGAGGCUCAAGUCCGGGAGGUUCAGGCCUGGCAAGAGAAGCCCAUCAUGGAAUAUCAGAUGAGGCCCUUAGGCCCAUCAGUGAUGGGCCUAGUGGCAGGGACAUCAGGGGCCUCUCAGACUUCCCACCGGGGAACCACCUCAGCUUUCCCUACCACUGCAGGCAGUGAGCCAGACUGGAGGGACUUCCGUCCUCUAGAGAAACGUUUUGAGGGAAUCUGCUCCAAGAAAGAUCAAAGUACCUGUCUAAUGCAGCUCUUCCAAAGUGAUGCUAUGUUUGAGCCAGACAUGCAAGAAGCAAAUUUUGGAGGAUCUCCCAGGAAGGCUUACCCUACUUAUUCACCCCCUGAGGAGCCAGAGGAAGAAGAGGUUGAGAAGGAAGGGAAUGCCACUGUGAGUUUCUCACAGGCCCUUGUGGAGUUCACCAGCAGUGGAAACCUCUUCUCCAGCAUGUCCUGCAGCUCUGACUCUGACUCAUCCUUCACUCAAAACCUCCCUGAGCUACCCCCUAUGGUGACCUUUGACAUUGCUGAUGUGGAACGGGAUGGGGAAGGCAAGUGUGAAGAGAAUCCUGAGUUCCAGAAUGAUGAAGACCUUGCAGCCUCCUUGGAAGCUUUUGAGCUGGGCUACUACCAGAAACACACAUUCACCAACUACCACAGCCGAUUCUACCAAGGUCUGCCCUGGGGUGUGAGCAGUCUCCCUCGGUACUUGGGACUGCCUGGCAUGCACCCUCGACCUCCACCUGCUGCCAUGGCCCUCAACAGGAGAAGCCGCUCUCUGGACACUGCGGAGACCCUGGAGCUGGAGCUCUCAAAUUCCCACCUGGCCCAGGGGUACACGGUGUCUGAUGAGCUUCAGUUUCAGCAGGAAGAUUCAAAUGAAGAAGAAGAAGGAGGGGGAGGAGGAGGAGGAGGAGGAGGAGGAGGAGGAGGAGGAGGAGGAGGAGAAUGGGGACGAGACAGUCCUUUGUCCCUUUAUACUGAACCACCAGCGGCCUACGACUGGCUUGCCUGGGCUCCCUGUCCUCUCCCAAUGGGGCCAGGCCCUGCCUGGAUAAGUCCCAGCCAAUUGGAUGAGUCUUCUGGCCCUUCUCCAUAUGGGCAGACAACCUGUUGUAUACCUCCUGUGGCCAUGUCAAUGUUGCUCUCAGUAUCAGGGCCAGAGCUAAGGGUACCUGGGAUAUCCAGGCCUCAGCUAGUUCGGCCCUCACACCUACCCCUUCCCAUGGUCCCUUGUUAUAACCUGCAGCCACAGGCCUCUCAGAAUAUGAGAGCCAGGCCUCAAGAUAUGCUGUUGCCUAUUGAUGAGCCCAGUUGCUCCUCCAGUUCUGGAGGCUUCAACCCCAGCCCUCUGUCCCAGGCCAAGCCUGUGGGCAUCACUCAUGGCAUCCCUCAGCUGUCCAGGGUCCAGCCUGAGCCCCAACAGCCUCAACCCAUUCACUACAGGGCUUCCAGCCUUGACCUGUCAAAGGAGAGGGCUGAGCAAGGUGCCUAUCUCCCCACCAGCUACUCCUCCACUGCUGUGAAUGGAAACCUAGCUGAGUAGUCAUCAUCUGUUCUGGAGUGGGGGCAUGGGACCUAAGCAUGUGAUUGGGGAUCAGGGGUUGAGCAGAGGGGUGGGGGGUGGGGGUUGCUAUUUAACUUGAAAAUCCUUUUGGCCAAGGAAAGCUCCUAUGAGUUUUUGCCUUUGUUUUCCCACUUCCCUCUUCUGCCAAUCUGUGGUCACAUUCAGCUUGAGUACAUCUGCCCUGGAAGGCUACUGCUGCUCUGUGCUCCAGUUUUCCCUUUUGGGGUUUCUUGUUGCCCAUGCAGGAUUUGAGAUGCUGUACUUUUGUGACUAUUCCAGUUGUCCAGUUAGUGAUUAUAUAUAUAUAGCAUGCAUCCUUGACACAGGCUGACCCGUUAAUAUCCCUGCCACCCCCCCCUACACACAGUGAAUGAUGCACCACUGAUGAGCAGCCAGGUCUGCACUGCUUCCCACUUAAGGACAGAGGGCUUGUUUGCUAUUAACAAUGUGAAAUAAUGGUACAGAUCCUCUCCACCCCCACUCCCUUCAGUCUUGGCAUAGCUGCCACCCAUACAUCAGAUGAUUAUAUAAUCUGUUCACCCCAGCUAGCUGCCCUUAGAGAGGAUCAAGUAGCAUAUGUCUUACUGCCUAUUGCUGUGGACUUUGGCAUCGUAACCAGAUGGGGGCCUUUUAACGUGGCCUAUGAUAACUUGGGUUGAAGGAAAAAAUUCUAAUCCCCUUAAUGGAGUGAUCAAAUUCAUCCAUUUGGAAACAGAAGGCAAAAUAGGGUUCUGUCGUAGAUACUGCCAUAAGUCUUGAGUUCUGGAAUGAUAGGAUUUUUUUUUCCUUCUUCCUUUCUUAAGCUUGUGACUGCCUGAGUUGCAGACACUUUCAAUUUUUUUUUUGUAUCCAAAGGAAAUUUUCAUAAUCUCAUCACAAGGGACAUAGUCUUUUAAUUGAGACACAGGGAGAGAAGUAACCUAAACUAAGCUUGGCUAUAGGGGGUUGGGUUUUUUUGUGGGUUUCAGGGGAAGAAUAGGAAAAGGAGUUCCAUUUGUCCCAGUUGUCAGGAGAGAAUUUUAGACAUUGAAAAGCUCAAGGAAGCCUAGCUUCUUAGAAGAGAAAAUUCCUUCUCCCCAAAAAGCAAAAUUUCCUUAAGCCUUGCCCACCCCUUCAUUUGGUUGCUAUAAAGAGGCUCAGAGGCACCAGGCUAGCACUCCCAAGAGACAGGAUACCAAAGGCAUCUAGGCUGCUGUUCUGGUCUCUAUAAAGAACUUUCAUUUUCCAAUUAGCAUCCUCAGAGGGCUGACCUUCAUGAGAGGAAAGACUGUGAUCUGUCCUCACUCUGCCAAGCUGCAGGUUUCUGAUUUGCAUGAGAAUUGCAGCCCUAUAUGGAGUGAAUGGUACACUCCCUUCUGUAUCCACAGUUUUCAUGUUUAACUAGCUUGGAAAUGCUGGUGUGGAAGAGUUGCUGUCAGGAAGGCAUUGCAAAAGGCUAAUCUAACCUGGCUCAACCUCUCAUUAAUCACCAGUAAGAGAGGGUUCCUUUUAAUUUCUUUAUUGGAAAUAGAAUAUAGAACAUGUUUUGCAUGGUUGUGUUGACCCAAAUUAUAAUCCUUGCCCCCCAACCCUGGUUCUGCUUAUCUCCAUGCCUGUUAAAAGGUCAACAGGGCUCUUGGGAACAGAGGCUGUUGGCCCCCUGAGUCAAGGUGACUUUAUGGGCAACUUCCCCUUGGCCAGGGAAUGUGUUUGUGCUGGUCUUUGUCACCAUUUCUCAGAUUGGGGUUGGUAGUCCUCCUUCCCACAAAGAGUAAAUCUAUCUGAUAGAAGCUACACACCUGGAAGCACCACAAAAGUUGGCAUGAAACCAACAGCACUGCUCAAGAGACCCAGACCAGCUCUUCAGGCUAACUCUGUCUGUAUUGUGAAGAAAUACAUCCCUCAUGGAGUUAGAGAAAGAAAGAGCAUGAGGAAGGCCCUCCUCACCCCAAGCACAGCAUUCCAGAAGAGAAAUGCCCAAAUUCCAACCAUUUGGCCUUUUACCAAAGUUUCCCUGGGAGGGUAGGGCUGAAGUAGGCCUGGCUGUUUGGCAGAAAAUACACCAAAUGCCUUUACAACAAGGGAAACCCUGCUACUUGCCUCCUCUCUCUCUGCUUGUCCUUCAGGGCAGUUCAAGCUCCUAUCUGUAUGUGGACUGUGCUAGCCAUAGCAGGUAGUAGAGCCAUCACCAGCCUUCAGAGUAUACUGGGCCACCAGCCCGUGAAAAGAAAAAGUAGGUGGUCAGCCUUUGGCCAAGGGCAGAGGGCUGCCCUCAGUGAAAAGAGGGCAACAAGACAUGCUGCCCCUGAGGGGAGAAGUCAUAGUCCUGAAACACGUUGCUUGGCUUUGGAAGGUCACAUAGCACAGAGUAGGGCCUAGAACUGAGCAACACCUCAUGGUUUGGACAACAUUACUGCCUUCAAGUCCUUUCAGUGUCCUAGCCAGCCCAAGGACACAAUCCUCACCACCAGAAGUGGGAUAGUCAAGGUGCAUGGCUGCAGAAGCAUGCCCCUUUGACUCUCACUCUGGAUCCAAGCAGUUCAUGGCCAAAUACCAGCUACAGCCUAGAAAAGGAAGGAAGAAAUGGCUGGGGACAUGGAAUGACAGCACAGGGUGAUACUGGGAGAACCAAUCAAACUCCAGGCCUCUUCCCAAAGAUAGCUAGUGCUUGCUUGGCUGACAGCAAAUAUGCCCCAGACUAUUAAAGGUGUUGAUGUCAAGUCCACAUCUCUUAGGCUGUGACCAGAUGAAUACCAUAUCUGCAUUGCAAGGUCCUGGGAUAAUGCUUGUGGAUGUGAUUUCAUGGGAAGAUAUGACUUGAGAGGAGGUGUCUGCCAUCAUCUUGCUACCCAGAAGGCUUUUCUAGUACCAGACAGCUCUGAUCCUGAGAAUUGUCAGAUGAGACCAGUCCUUGGAGAAACAACGAUUGUGGAUAGAGAAGGUCACCUAUCAGGCUUCUUUAAGGGCCACCAGUCUCUCGGUGAUUUAGUGCCUUCAAGGAAGCCCUGAUUUGGGGCACUCAGCUUGGGCACCUGUCCAUGAGCCUUCUGGGCCAAAGGCUUUGGUCAACACUAGUCUCUCUCCCUCCUCAGUGCUGUACCAAGCAGGGAAGUAGCUUCCUACACCCAAGGUGUGUUCCUCUCAUCCUGCUGCCAGCAACUCUCCCACCCUUCCCAGUGCCACCAUGCCACCUGCCCUUGGCCCCUGGGCCCAAUAGCUAGAGGGAGGCAUGGGGGAUUUAGCAGGGAGACUUCAAGUGUACCCAUGUGUAUGUUGCAUCCAAGUUUUAUAUAUAUAUAUAUAUAUAUAUAUAUAUAUAUAUACACACACACACA